AUUUGUUGGCGCAGGUCGCGCUGUUGUUCGUAGUUUUCGUUGUCGUUUUCGCUAUUGUUUUCGUUUAUUUUUAAUUAAUUCCGUGCUUGCGUCAAUUUACGUUUUGCACACUUGUUGUUUACGAUGUCUGGGAAACCGAAUCCGCCCGCCUGCAACUGUGAUGAUUUAAUUCAAUUCACAAAUUGCCGCUUGGUGCGAAACCAUCAGCUCAUUGAAGACGAUCUGUGGGUGCGCGCGGGAAAAAUAAUAAAUCCAGAACCGAUAUUCUUUGAUGAGCGCUCCAAGGCGCACAGACGGGUAGAUUGUGGCGGUGCCAUUAUAGCCCCAGGCUAUAUAGAUCUGCAAAUUAAUGGGGGCUAUGGCGUUGACUUCUCGUUCGACAAAGACACCACCGAGGCGGGUAUACGAAAGGUGGCGCAGGGGCUGGUCAAGAGCGGUGUCACCUCAUUCUGUCCGACACUGGUGACAUCACCCAAUGAGAACUAUCACACCAUAUUGCCGCGCAUACCCAAACGCGUGGAGGGUGGUGCCGGCGUAUUGGGUGUUCACGUGGAAGGACCAUUCAUAAAUCCGCAAAAGAAGGGCGCACAUCCCGAGAACUGCAUACAAACGCUGGAGAAUGGCAUCGAAACGUUGUGUGCUACUUACGGCUCAUUAGAUGGCAUCAAAAUCAUCACAUUGGCGCCCGAGAAGGUCAAGGAUCUGAGCGUGAUACGCCAACUGGUGAAGGCGGGCAUCACCGUCGCCCUGGGCCACUCGAUGGCCAAUCUGAGCGAGGGCGAGCAGGCGGCCCAGCACGGAGCCACACUCAUCACACAUCUUUUCAACGCCAUGCUGCCGUUCCAUCAUCGUGAUCCCGGCCUAGUCGGCUUGCUAGCCUCAGACGCCAUACCCGCUGGCCAGACGGUUUAUUUCGGCAUCAUUGCCGAUGGUGUUCACACGCAUCCCGCCGCCUUACGCAUUGCGUAUCGCACCCAUCCCCAAGGACUGAUACUUGUGACGGAUGCCAUUUCAGCGCUGGGCCUAGAGGAUGGCAUUCAUCACAUCGGCCAGCUGCCCUUGGAGGUGAAGCGAGGCAAGGCGUUUGUGGCGGGCACAGACACGCUCUGCGGCAGCAUUGCGCCAAUGGAUGAGUGCGUGCGCAUAUUCCGCAAUGCCACCAAUUGCUCCACCGUCUAUGCCAUUGAGGCGGCCACCUUGCAUCCGGCGCUGUGUCUGCGCAUCGAGGCACAAAAAGGCACUCUGGACUUUGACUCGGAUGCCGAUUUCAUACUGCUGGACGACAAAUUGCAUGUCCUUUCCACCUAUAUAGCGGGCAUUUGCGUGCAUCGCGCAUAGAACAAAUCUCUCGUUGCAUUCCGUAAAGAAAACCCAUUCCCAACAAACGCUUUAGCUUUUUGUUUUAAUAUGAUAUUUCAAAUGGUUCUUUAUAUUUUAAAAUUUAAAUCAUUUGGUGUGGACAACUACGCUAAAUCCAUAUACAUUUACAAAUAAUAAUUAUAAUAAUAGUAGUUAUACAAAAAAAAAAAAAUUACAUAUAAUGAUGUAGCAGCUUGGCCAAAGGCUAAGAAAAAAUUAUAUAUAUACUCGUAUAUCCUCAAUAUUGCGCGACCUUUUCUUCAAUUUCAUGCCUUGUUCGAACUAUUAAAUAGUUCA